AUGAGGGGGACCGGCCACAGCACUGCAGGAGGCCCCGCACCCACACCACCUCUUAGCACAGCCGAGACAAGCAGCGGAGACGGAGAGACAGGAGCCACAGGAGAAGGCAGAGGGUCAGGCACAGAAGAUGGUGGAGACGUAGGGAAAGUAUCCUGGAGAUCAACAGCAGCACCGGGAAUGCCAUCUGGAACAGUACACCCAACCGAGGACAGCACAACCUCCGGAGUACAAGCCCCACCAAUAUCAGGCACACUGUCCGACUUAGGACGCGACACAAUAGCCAAAGGGUCGUCCACAACCUCACCCAACGGGUCUGCCUCCACAGCUAGUGGCGAGAAAUCUUCCUCGCGAAAAAGAUUCAUCGGAGCAACGACAUCCACCGAGCAUCCAGCAGCCAGGUGGACCAACAAAUCACAGCGAAAACAGGUGCGUGGCUGA